AUGAUCGCCGAAGAAUACCCGCUGCAGGAGAGCGUGCUCCUCGACUCGGGAGCUACGCUCCACAUCUUCAGAGAUACGAAGCGGAUGAAAAGCCUGCGAGCGGCCCCUAUCGGAGACUUCCUAUGGUCAGGAACAACACAGGUGCCGAUCGAUGGCUACGGGGAGGCCCGAAUUAUCCUCAAAUCCGGCGAUGGCUCGCCGACUUAUCUCACUCUGUACAACGUUGCCCUAUGUACGGCUCUCACUACAAACCUUGUAUCUUUCUCAAAGUUGAGGAAGAGGGGCUACUGGUGGGAUACAAAACCAGGUAACAACUGCCUACAAAGAGCAGACGGGAGCUAUCUAGGUGAAGUGAAAGAGAUUAACGGCCAACAAGUCCUGGAAUAUCGCACAAGCUAUGAACCUGCCGCGACCUUAAGAGCCGCGCUGAUUGCUAAAGUAUCGUCAAAACCGCGGCAACGCAAGCAGUAUACCUCAUGGACUCCCAGAAGACCGCUGAAGGGAGACUCCUUAACCUGGCACAAGAGGCUCGGUCAUCCAGGCCCCGAGGUCCUAAGAUACCUUACAACAGCCUCAAGGGGCGUCAGAAUCAAGGGAGACACCCCUAAAGGACCCCAGAGGAUUACUACGGUUAACUGCGACGCCUGUGGCACAGCGAAAGCUCACCGGCUUAUCCGCCGAGCACCGCGACAAGCUACAGCAAGAGCAAGGCCGGGAGACCGCAUCGCAAUAGAUUUUCACCCACUUACCCUGGGAUACGCAGGCUACACUUCGGAGCAGCCAUCGCAAUGGACAACUCAGCUACCUGACGAGGAGCAUGAGGAAGUCCUAAACGAUGAAGACAUACCCUGCAGCGACCAGUUGGCGCAGCAGGAUGCCUCCACCUCGGAGGAGGACCAGCACGCGAAGCUGCCUCCGAGAGGGGAAGAGGGCGAUGGAUCGACGAGUGAGUACACAACCUCAAGGUUUGAGGUGUUACCUACACCGCCCCCAUCGCCACCGACUGCGUUCUUCCACGCCGAGGCCUUCGGUCUCGGCGUGAAGGGGCGAGUGGAUCAGUCGGUGGAAAAAAUUCCACCCCAGCGACACGAAGGCAAAGAAUUUCAUUCAAAGCUGCAUUCCUCGCUGGCGGCAUACAAGCGCCGAAACACAAGCAUCGGAGCACCUGCCAAAUAA